UGAAAAACUAUCGAUUGUAGGAACGCGGCGAUAACGAUAAUUGUAUUUCGAGAAAUUUGUUAAACUGCCGGGCUGUAAAAUGGAAGACCUUAACGACGACUCAUUUGAUGAUGUCUUGGCUUCAAUGGAAAUGCCCACAGCUCCAAAGCAGCCGAAAACACAAACAACGACAACAACAGAAGCAUCUAUCAGCAGCAGCACCAGUUCUGCUGCCGGCACAGCUAAGCCGCCGCCUUCAAAUCCUCACAGCGUUUUGGUGCACAGCAAGCAACGCGGUAAUCCCAUACUGAAAUCCAUUCUCAAUGUGCCCCUGGAGUUUCGUGAUGAUAUUAUACCAGACUAUGUGGUGGGUCGUACUUCCUGCAUACUGUUCCUGUCGCUCAAGUACCAUAAUUUGAAUCCCGAUUACAUUUGCCAACGCCUCAAGGCGCUGGGCAAGAUGUAUGAGCUACGCGUGCUGCUGGUGCAGGUGGACACGCCAGAGCCGCACAAUGCGCUGAAAAGCUUAACACGCAUUUCGCUACUGGCAGAUCUAACGAUGAUGCUGGCCUGGAACGCCGAGGAGGCAGGCAAAAUCAUAGAAACAUAUAAGCAGUUCGAGAAGCGUCCGCCGGAUUUGAUUAUGGAGCGCGUUGAGUCCAAUCCGCAUCAGAAGCUUGUGGCAGCUUUGACCAACAUUAAACCAGUGAAUAAAACGGAUGCCGUCACGAUUUUGCAAAUCUUUGGCAAUCUGGAGAACCUUAUUAAUGCCAGCGAGGAGCGGCUUUCCCAAGUUAUGGGCUUGGGACCACGCAAGGCCAAGAAAUUGUACAAAACGCUACACGAACCCUUUCUUAGCAAAUAAGGCCAAUUUAUUGUAACAGUUAUAUAUUACAAUACACAAUAGGAAAAACUUAAA